AUGAAGUAUUUACCUAAAAUUACUAAGGAAAGAUAUGGUGCUACUAAGGAAAGUUUCAUAUUCUCAUUUAAGAAUAAGUUAUCUACUGAAAAUUGCAUUCUUAGUCGAGUAAAUUAUGAUAAUCGUGCUAUAAGUAAAUGGAACCAUAGUGGUCCAUCUUUUGGUUGGAAAGAUCUUGUUGUAUAUGGAGAUGAAGGUCUCUGUAUAAAGGAUUCUUAUAAAGAAGAAAUCAGAGAAAUUAAGGAGUUUUUCAUUGAAGAAUACGAAAUUAAUAUUGAAGAGGUACCAGCGGAAGUUUAA